AUGAACAAACGCCCAUACGACGGAAGCGGCGACCGCCAGCUGCACAAAAAGCAUAGGAACAAUGGCACCCACGAUCAGCGUGGUCAUCACCGUCAGCAGGUACGAAAGCACUUCACACAAAUGGCUAAAGCCCUAUCCAAAUCUGAGCAUGAAAUGGAAAAUGAUUGAUCGUUCGUUCAGGAUCAUCGCGAUCAGCGCCGCCACGAUGACAACCACCAACGCGCCCCGCCUACCUCAGCACCACCUCCGCCGCAAUCUCAAAUCUCCUUCGACGGCGCUCUCGGAAAGCUGCCAGCGUCCACCGCUCCACUGACUGCUGUGCCGGGCUACGUGCCAUUCACUGUACCCAAACACUUGCCUGCAGCACCAGAUAUUCUCGAUCCAAAGCUCCAAAACGCUGCCUUCACCCAUGUCUCUUCCCUCGUCAACAACCGAAGGAACGAAACGACUGAGCACGUCAGCUAUGAACGCCUCGAAUUCCUCGGAGAUGCCUACCUCGAACUGUUCGCCAGCCGCUUGAUCAUGGAUCGCGUGGGCCACCUAGGAGCCGGUCCAAUGUCACAGCUUCGCGAACUUCUCGUAAAGAAUGAGACUCUUGCAGAGUAUGCUCGAAUGUACGAAUUCGAGAAACGAGUAAGCGCGAGUCUUCACGAUGUCAUGCGCAUGCAGAAAGGAUUAAAGGCAGAACUCAAGGGCAACAAGGGAUUCAAUAAGAUUCUUGGAGAUGUUUUCGAGGCAUACGUCGCUGCUGUCGUGAUGUCGGAUCCGGAGAAUGGCUUCGCGGUUGCAGAGAAGUGGCUCACGACUCUCUGGGCUCCGAAGCUGGUCACUGCGCUGGAAGGAGACAAGCUCUGGGAUCCCAACAGCUUGGUCCACGCACAAGACGGUGAUCCGAAGCGGAGAUACGACCCCGAAGCUAAGAAUACGUUGCAGAGACGCGUGGGCAAUGGAACAAACGGCGUCAAAGUGGAAUACGAGCAGUACGCUCCGAUGCAAGAAUUGAAGGGAGACAAGAAGGGCCAGAACCGCUUCUUCAUUGCAGUUUACCUCACGGGCCACGGGUACCACAAGCAUCUGCUUGGCAAGGGUGAGGGUAAGAGCAAGGUGGAAGCCGGGAUUUGGGCCGCAAUGGAGGCGAUGCAUGGCGAUUCGAAGGACGUGGUGGAUGCGUGCGAGCAGAAGGUCCAACAGGGCAAGGCAGCACGAGCGGCGGCAGCCCAAGAGGCGAGGAGCAAGGAACAGCUUGGCAAACAAGAGAAGACGAAUGAUGGUGGUGAGCCGGAAAAGGCUGAUUAG